AUGGCCGCUGCAGUGCAUCAGGAACUAGUGCAUUACCACCUGUUCCCAACUUCACACACUGCUAAUUCCCUAGCAAGAGCAGCUCGUUCGGAUGCUCAGUCACUGCAAGGCGGUAGCAUGUCAUACCUUUCAGAGCUCGCGGCGUUGACCGACGAGCUUAUUGAUGCCGUUGCCGCCGUCCCAAAGACCCAAAAACGAAAACUCCAGUCUCUGAGGGAAUCAACAGUACAAAGUCUGCUGAACCAGAACUUUCUUAGGACGAACCAGUUCGAGGUGCAGAACCGCCUGGCUGGGCUUGUGGAACGCUUCCGCAUCAUCAAUCGAGAACCCCUUGGAGACGCCCUUGAGCAACGACUGGAUGCACUCAAGCCGCACGUCAACGACUUCACCCCUGAAGUAUUGCACUUUCUCCUGGAGCUGUCCGACAAGCCUGCACAAAAGUCCAGGCUGAGCGAUCUUGAGCGCCUGAAAGAACCAGAGAAGGAUGCCGUACCCAAACUGACUUGGCGACAGAUUGCCAAGGAAGAUGGCUGGCAUCAAGAGCGCGCUCUGUGGAAAAUUCUUGACCAUGCUCCGAGUUCAGACGAAGAAGACUAUUACGAACGCGAGCAUGUGGCUUCCGAUGUUUCCAUUGCAUCUCCAAGCACAGCUUCCUCAGUUCCAGACGAUGCCCCACGCACAGCACAGGACUUGGCCAUCAAGCUCUCAGGCGGUGAAGAGUUGCUGAGACGGAUCCUAGACAGCCAGGACUGGAGAAAUGCUACCCAUGAUUUUGACCCCGAUGGGCGACAGAAGAAGACGCCCAUCACAAGUCUCCAACUUCUCCGCGAAGUUGUAUUUAUGCUCCGCGGCCUGCCAACCUCUCUUUUUGAUUUGGCAUGUAAGCCUGUUCCCGACUACGUGCUGGAGGAAGUUUCGUGGCAGACGUACGAUGCUCUGGUGAACACCUUUUCCGAAUGUGGCCGAAAGCUCGCCCCGCUGCGCAUUUACGCUAGCAAAAAGGAAAAAGAAGAACCACUUCUCCAGGUGUUCCAGGACUCACUUCAAAAGGCUCUUCAGUCAUUCGACCAAGAGUUGACUGCUAUUCAAGGGCGGUUUGUUACCAUUCACAAGGACGUGAUUGUCAGCCUAGUGGCCAUGUUGGCAGAACUAGGGCCGUCAUUAGCCCCCUUAUAUGUCCUUUCCGGUAUCGUACAGCAAGUCCAUCGGGAACGCAAUACUAAGGCAUUUCGUUACCUUGAAUUGCUUUAUGACGCAGUCGGAAUGGCACAAAUGGAAGGUAGCCUUGACACAUAUAAGCUUCUGGGGACCAUCUUCCUUGAUUGCUUUCAAGUGUACCUGAAACCUAUCCGAUUCUGGAUGGAAGAAGGGGAACUCCUCGCCGGAGAUCGGACCUUUUUCAUCGGCAAGUCAUCUGCGAGGCCCCAGUUGCACCAAAUAUGGGAACAGCAGUUUCACCAACUCGUCAGCUCGGAAGGAGUCUUGAAUGCCCCACGGUUCCUGAGUCCUGCUGUUGAUCGAAUAGUCCGGGCUGGAAAAAGCAUUGUGGUCUUGAAACAUCUCAAGCGAUAUUCCCCUGUAGCAGACCGGAUGAAAGCAGAGGAACCACCCAUGGAAUUUGCUGCCGUCUGCUCAGAUGGCACUAGCUUUGCGCCAUUCUCGGAGCUCUUUGGCAAUGCCUUUAACAAGUGGAUUCAAAGCAAAUACCACUCAGCAUCCAUCACGUUGCUUGAUAUCCUGUUCGACUCAUACGGGCUAUCGCGGGCAUUCGACGCUCUCCGAUGUCUCUACUUGAUGUCCGACGGCGCCACCUCGGAUGCCUUUGCUUCGACCAUCUUCAGACAACUGGAUAACUUCAGUACGAGUUGGAACGACAAGUUCACACUGACCGAAAUUGCUCAGGAGGCAUUUUCACAGUGCGUGGCCGGGCAUCGCUUGUCCGCCGAUAUCGAGCAACGGUAUAUCGCCAACAGCCCAGCCGCUUCCCGGGCCUCAGUCCGCAACACCCUCCCAGCUAUCCGCCUCAUUUACCACUUACCAUGGCCUAUCCAGAUGAUCAUCAGUCCGGCCGAGGUCAAAGGGUAUCAAACAAUGUUUGUCUUCCUGCUCCAAACUCGCAGAGCCAUAUACCUUCUCAAGCACCCGCUCUUGGGAACCACCACCACGCCAGCCCGCCACCAAUCCACCUACUACCUUCUUCGAACCAAGCUCCUCUGGUUCUGCAACACCAUGAUGAGCUACCUCACCACGCUCGUCUUUGCGCCCAACAUCAACAAAAUGGACGAAGCCUUACAACAUGCGCUGGACGUUGACGACGUCGGCGAGGUGCACUCCAAGUUUCUCGAUCGGAUCCUCAGCGAAUCCUGCCAAGGGAAGCGACUUCGUCCCAUCCGCGACUGCAUCCUGGACAUAUACGACCUGGCCAUCAAGCUGGAAGACAGCCACCAGGCGGAGAUAGCCAGGCUGGAAGAGGAGCAGCAGGAGAUUUCGAGGCUGUCGACAUUCUCGGCUUCGCAGCAGCAGCAACAGCACAAGCGAAAGACUAGAGCGGGGAGGACGGCCUCGUUGUAUAGCAAGACAGGUUUAGGGGUGGGAAUUGAUGGGGAGGAUGACGGUGAUGAUGAUGAAGGUGAAAACGCUGCUUGUGCUAUAAGGGAGGAGAAGUGGAAGAGGAGUAUUAUGGAGGACGCCCUUGCAAGGGGCAACAAUAAGUCAACUGCUGCGGUCAUGAAAGAGAUGCACAGCGACUUUGAGCGGCAUCUCAGGUUUGUCGCGAACGGACUGAGAGGUGUGGCGAGGGGGAGCAGGGAGGAUGCGGCGGCGAAGUGGGACUUGCUGGCGGAGAUGCUUGAGGGGGGGAUCAAAGAGGCGAGACAUGUUUUCUGAAUAGGAAAACAAGUACCCGGGGGUUGCUUUAUGGAGCUGGAAUGUCAUCAGUAGUUGUAUGGAGUUGUUAAUGCUAUUUAGAGCGGUGCUGCGUAUCUUCAUUGUAUCAUGUUCAUAAUCAUCGUAUUAGAUCCUGCUGACAUUCGUAGCAAGUCCGUUCAUUGAGUUAUCCAAGAUAGUAAACC